GGCGGCUUUCAGGGAGGCGGCCGGCCGGAGGGCGGGGCUCGGCCUCCGGGUCGCUUGGGACGACGGGCCCCUUUGCUUGGGGCGCCUGCCUGCCUGCCUGGACCACAAGCCCCAUCGUCCGCAGCGGGUGGAGUCGGCCUCGGCCCGGCCAAGCCGCUCGGGUGCCGCCACCGGCGAGGUCGGGCGCGGCGCCGCUUGGGGACUGAGCGGCCCUGAGCCUCCGCGACAGCCCCGUCCACGGACAGGGGGGCGUCUCUAGCCUCGGGGCGCCACGGCUCCCUCCCCGGGAGGAGAAGGACGGCCCUUCCUGCGGGGCUGCCUGUGCCGAAACCCCGCGGGCGGAAGCCGUUUCCCACCGGCUGAAGUUGUGCGGAGGGGCCGGCAGCUGCCGGGCGAGGCGAAGAAGGGAGGAGGGGGAGAAUUGCCCAUGGGCAGCGGCGAGUCUGGAGCCCGGGAGGUCCGCCGGCCGCCGCCUUUAGGACAGCCGCAUAACCUCGUUUGCUUUGUGGCUUAGCGCGCCACUUGAACCAGGCUGCUCCGUGUGUAAGCCAUGGUUUCCUGCUUAAUGGCUCUUCCAAGCCAAAGAAUGCAGACGAUAAAGUGUGCGGUGGUGGGAGAUGGCGCUGUGGGAAAGACCUGCCUCCUCAUCAGCUACACCACCAAUGCCUUCCCGGAGGAAUACAUCCCCACGGUGUUUGAUAACUACAGCGCUCAGAUGACGGUGGACGGGAGGAUGGUCAGCCUUAACCUCUGGGACACGGCCGGACAAGAGGAAUAUGACCGUCUGCGGACCCUCUCCUACCCGCAGACCAAUGUCUUUGUGAUUUGCUUUUCCAUCUGCAGCCCCUCCUCUUAUGCCAAUGUGCGACACAAAUGGCACCCUGAGGUCUCCCACCAUUGUCCCAAUGUGCCAAUUCUUCUGGUGGGCACCAAAAGGGACUUGCGGAAUAAUGCAGAAGCCGUGAAAAAGCUGAAGGAGCAAAGCCUGAGUCCUACCACCCCCCAGCAGGGCACUUCGCUAGCCAAACAAAUUGGGGCAGUUAAAUACUUGGAGUGUUCAGCAUUGAACCAGGAAGGGGUAAGGGAAGUAUUUGCAGAAGCCGUGCGUGCCGUUCUCUAUCCGGUAACAAAGAAGAACUCCAAGAAGUGCCUGCUGUUGUAGUCAGCAAGAUGAGGGCAGCGCAGACUGAAAGCGUGGGGUGUUUGCAGUCCAUCUCCUUAACUAAUGGCCUCUUGCACUAAUGGCUUUAAAGAGAACUUUCUUUCAGCAAGUCCUCCUGCAAUCCAGCUGCCACUUUGAGCCAACAGAAAUGAACAUAUUGGCUCUAGCCUUAAGGAUCAGCUUCCAGGUGAACUCUCCGUGUCCCUACUUUACUCUCCACCUCUUCUGUGGAGGAGCUUUAGGCUAUGGAAUGCCUUCAAAGCCAAGGGUUUCUCUGCUGAACCAGGAGAGUCCUUUGGAAGGCGACCAUCAUCUGCUUUGCUUUCACAUCAGUGUUGCUUUCUCUCCAAUCUCAUGUAGGGCAGGGCUGUGCCUUUCCAGUAGCAGUAGACUGUCAGAGUUUUCAAAAGCACCAUACAAAUUUUAAAAUCUCUCCUUUAUUGCAGGCAGGCAUGCCAACAAGCCUUGCAAACUGAGGGAGGAGCAACCCCUGGGGGAUCUUUAUGAAAUCAUAAUCAGGCUAGCUUCUUUGUGGAACACCUCUGAUAUCUGGCAGUUAUUUGGCUUUCAAGGUUUGGAAAACUGAGCUAUAUAAAAAUCUUCUGAUUCCCACUUUGCGCCCUUCCCUCUCUCCUAUCUCCUCCCCCCCGCACACACAUCAGGCCUAGGUUAACUGUACUCUGUGCUGGCUGACAUCAGGCACUCUGAUGGUUUUUCUGGACUGGCAUUUUUCCUGGCUUAAAUGCCACGAUUACCCUUCAGCCUUGCCAGUGAGUCUUGGGGUGAGAAAUUGCCUGCUAUGCAGGAUAGAGUCUUGGGUUUUUUUUCUGCCAUCAAACCUUUUAAAAGCUGUGCUGCUUCAAAGCAGCCUUUUUGUGUGUCUUCUGUUCCCCUUUCUCUCUUGCAGAUAAAACUCAAUAAUUACUUUUAAACUUUCAGGCGUGAGUACUAUUAAGCUGAUGCACUGAUUUAGUAGAAGCUGAAAUCUUUCUAGGCCAUUGGCCCCCAUAGAGAUGCAUAUGAGUAAGGUCUAACAUUGCCUGAAAUACUAACUUUGCCUUCUUUAGAAUGAAUUUUGCAAAUUUUCUUUUAGAAACACAAAUCUCUAUUAAGUAUCCUGCAAUUUGUUUCCUUUUGCAACAGUAAAAAACUCUUAUGUCCAAUCUUUAGCUGAUUAAGGAAAGCCUGAUGCUCAACAGCAUCUUUUUGGAUAAAAUGCUUUGAGCAACCUCUCCAGCAUGCUCCUUAGAAAGAAUGUUGAGAUGCAGUGCUCUGUUCCCAGCCCCUUCCAAAUAAUUGUGUUCUGCAUUCUGGCUGUGAUCCUGAUCUGCAAUAGUGACCAGGAAAUUUUGCCUGAAUGUGGAAUUGUGAUAUUGGGAACUGUCCUCUUUGCAUGGAUGCUGAUGUUACAGCGAGAUUGGUGGAGCAAAUCCUGUGUAAUUCUCAUCCUCGGCAUACAAAUCUCACUAGAGUGCUGUAACAUUGGCCAUGCUGUGGUCCCCCUUUGCCCCAGCUGAGAUUCUUGGCCGGGGUAUUUGGCCUACAUCUGACCAUCCUCAGGGUAUGUUGCGGUAACAAACUGUUUCCAACCAGGUUGUGAUGUGAACAAGAACUUGGUCUCACUGGCACUGCCAAAUGUCUCCUGAAUGCCUUCCUGAUGUUCCAUGCUUCCUCCUGCCUGAGCUUGAUGAUGUGGGACUGGACUCUCCCUGGGGAAAGAGGCUUCUCCAGGCGGAGCUGGGGUGGUUUGAGUGACGGUUGAGGUUCAAAGAGCAGACAGACUCAUCAUGUGGUACUUCAAUAUACACUGGCAACUGAUUUUAUAGUUUGAAGUACAUUUGUACGGCAACUAACAGUUAUUUUUAAAUUAUGCUGAAUGAAAUUGUAAUAAAGCAGUUUCCUGAUUC